CCCGCCUCCCCCCCCGACCCUGAGUAAGGCGGCACCCUUCUGCUUCUCUUUGUGCCUCUUGUGUCUCUUAUUCGAAACUCAAACGAUUACCAUAGUUUUUGGCUCCUGUGCUCUAUGCAAGCUGGUAUUUAUCUGUCUUCUUCCUUUAAACUGCAGAAAAGAUGGGGAUUUUCGAACCUUAUCGAGCUAUUGGUUACAUCACGAGCAAUGUUCCCUUCUCUGUUCAGAGAUUGGGGACGGAGACAUUUGUUACUGUUAGCGUCGGGAAGGCAUGGCAAGUUUACAACUGUGCUAAGCUGACGUUGGAGAUUGUUGGACCUUCAUUGCCAAAGAAGAUCCGAGCUCUUGCAUCCUAUCGUGACUACACAUUUGCUGCAUAUGGAAAAGACAUUGGCGUUUUUAAACGUGCUCAUCAGGUAGCAACAUGGAGUAGGCAUAAUGAGAAGGUCCAUUUAUUGCUUUUGUUUGGAGAACACAUUCUAAGUGUUGAUGUUAAAGGUAAUCUUUUCAUUUGGGCAUUUAAAGAAGUCAACCAGAACCUUGCUCCUAUCACACACAUUUUGCUAGAAGACAAAUUCAACCCUACAUGCAUAAUGCAUCCAGAUACCUAUUUAAACAAGGUUAUAAUUGGAAGCCAGGAAGGUUCUUUGCAGCUUUGGAAUAUCAGUACAAAGAAGAAACUUUAUGAAUUCAAAGGAUGGAACUCAUCUAUUUGUUGCUGUGUUUCUUCACCUGCGUUGGAUGUAGUUGCAGUUGGCUGUGCUGAUGGAAAAGUUCAUGUUCAUAAUAUUCAGUAUGAUGAAGAAUUGGUAACAUUUACACAUGCAACCAGAGGUGCUGUGACCGCCCUGUCUUUUAGGACUGAUGGACAGCCUCUUCUAGCAUCUGGAGGUUCAUCGGGUGUGAUAAGCAUAUGGAAUCUUGAGAAAAGAAGGCUCCAAUCGGUCAUAAGGGAGGCACAUGAUAGUUCAAUAAUAUCAUUGUACUUUUUUUCCAAUGAACCUGUGCUGAUGAGCUCUUCAGCAGACAACUCUAUAAAAAUGUGGAUCUUUGACACAAGUGAUGGUGAUGCUCGGCUUUUGCGCUUCCGAAGUGGGCACAGUGCUCCACCACUUUGCAUAAGGUUCUAUGCCAAUGGAAGACACAUUUUGUCUGCUGGUCAGGACCGUGCCUUUCGCCUAUUCUCUGUUAUCCAGGAUCAACAAAGUAGAGAGCUUUCUCAGCGUCAUGUAUCUAAGAGAGCAAAGAAACUCAAGGUGAAGGAGGACGAGAUAAAAUUGAAGCCUGUUAUUGCAUUUGAUUUUGCUGAAAUCCGUGAGCGAGAUUGGUGCAACGUGGUUACAUGUCAUAUGGAUACUUCACAGGCAUAUGUCUGGAGACUUCAGAAUUUUGUCAUUGGCAAGCAUAUUUUGAUACCAUGCCCGGAGAAUCAAACACCUGUUAAGGCAUGUUCAAUCAGUGCAUGUGGCAAUUAUGCUGUUCUUGGAACAGAGAGUGGUUGGAUUGAGCGAUUUAAUCUCCAAUCAGGAUUAAGGCGAGGCAGUUAUGUAGACCUGUCUGAAAGAAGAAGCUGUGCACAUGAUGGGGAAGUGGUGGGUGUUGCUUGUGAUAGUACAAAUACUUUCAUGAUUAGUGCAGGAUAUCAUGGAGAUAUGAAGGUAUGGGAUUUCAAAAAUUGUGAACUGAAAUCUAAAUUGGAAGUUGGUUGCCAUGUGGUCAAGUUCGUUUAUCACCGUCACAAUGGGCUUUUGGCAACCGUAUCAAAUGAUAUGAUUAUCCGUUUGUUUGAUAUCGUUGCCCUAAGGAUGGUUCGUAAGUUUGAAGGUCAUUCAGAUCGUAUUACAGACUUGUGUUUCAGUGAGGAUGGAAAAUGGAUUUUGUCAUCUAGUAUGGAUGGGACUCUUAGAAUCUGGGAUGUAAUCUUGGCAAGACAGAUAGAUGCUAUACAAGUUGAUGUGUCUAUCACAGCAUUGUCUCUUUCACCCAAUAUGGAUGUUUUGGCCACUUCUCAUGUUGAUCAAAAUGGAGUAUACCUCUGGGUUAAUCAAGCAAUGUUCUCUGGAGCUUCCAAUUUGGAUUUCUAUACAAGUGGGAAGGAAGUUGUGAGUGUUAAGUUGCCUACUGUCUCUUCAAAGGAAGGAUCUAUGGAAGAGGGUUCUGGUAAACCUAAGAUUCAUCAAUCGCAAGUGAAGGAAACUCAUUGUCCUUCACAUUUGGAUUGCCAAAUUCCAGAUCUAGUUACUCUCUCAUUGUUACCCAAGAGCCAGUGGCAAAGCCUGAUCAACUUGGACAUUAUAAAGGUCCGUAAUAAACCAAUCGAGCCGCCAAAAAAACCAGAAAAAGCCCCUUUCUUUUUGCCUUCAGUUCCAUCAUUGUCUGGAGAAAUAUCAUUUAAACCUAGUGAACCAGCUGCUGAAGAGAAGGAUAGAAAAGUUGGUGAGCUGGAAAAUAGUAAAAGGAAAUUUGACUUACCAGCCUCCCAAUUUGUGCAACUUCUUCAGUCCUCUGCAGAAGGAAAAAACUUUUCGCCAUUCACGGAUUACAUCAAAGGUGUAUCUCCCUCCACACUGGACAUGGAACUUCGCAUGCUUCAAAUUAUAGAUGAUGAAGAUCAGCAAGAACCUGAAAAAAGACCCGAGCUAUUUUUUAUUGAACUGCUAUUGGAUUAUUUCAUAUAUGAAAUUUCCCGUGGAGACAACUAUGAUUUUAUUCAAGCUCUACUUAGAUUGUUUUUGAAGAUACAUGGUGAAACGGUAAGGCGCCAGGUAAAACUUCAGGAUAAAGCAAGGAAACUUCUAGAAGUUCAUAGUCCAACAUGGCAGAGAAUGGAUAAAAUGUUUCAAAGUGCUAGAUGUAUGAUUACAUUUCUCAGCAAUUCACAGUUCUAAGUGUACCUGAGUGUAAAGAUGCUUCAAGUUCAGUGAAAUUAUUUCAAGUUUCUGAUGCUGAUAUCAAAUCUUGUGAGAGGAUACAGAUGGAUUUUUCCGUUAAAAGAGAUGGCUCUUUCCUUGGCACAAGCUUCAUAUCAUGCGCGGUCCGUAUUCUAUUCCUUUUUCAUGGGAACUAGAACUAUCUGCAGAGCAACUCUGGUUGCAAUACUUGGUUGGGAUCACUGGAAAGGAUCCAAGUACUUAUCUUGGUAAACGUAGCUUGAACACCAAAUCAAUUUUGAUCAAACUUAAGCGGCUUAUUGUUGUACAAUGAGAGGAAGUUAGAUUCAAGUCCUCAACUGUGGCUACGAGAAGUUUGUGUUUUUCUUCCAUUUUCUAUUGUUAAACUUAUAUUUUUAGUUCUACAUCUAAUUAUUUACUGGGAUGGUUAGAUGUUCUUGCCAGCCCUUGUCAUCUUUAUCAUGUAUAAGUAUCAGCUAUGAUGUGGACAAGUUUGUUUGCUACAGCAGUUAAGGUCAUCUCUGAGAAAGAAAUGCUUUCACCAUUUCAUUUC